AUGUCUGCAAACCGUGUUCUUUUGAUCAGUUUGAUUGUAACAUUGGUUAUUGCCAUCGGUGCUUGUAUAUGGGGUGCUGUCAUGACAUCUAAAUUUGUUUAUGCUACUCGAGAUAAAGAACCACUUUGUGACAAUGGAAAGCAAGAAGAAUUUGACUUCGUCGUUGUUGGACUCGGUGCUGGUGGCUCUGUGAUUGCCUCUCGUUUAUCAGAAAUACCGCAAUGGACAAUACUGGCAAUCGAUCGUGGCCCAAAUGAAGUAUCUACAGAUGUUGAUCCAACUUCCGCGAUUUCAGGAUAUAGUUUUGUGUCCCCUCAUGAUCCAGUGGCUACCAGUUUGCCAUUAGCUGCUGCCAAUAAAAAAAUUAUGUAUGUACCUCGCUUCAACGGCCUAGGUGGCACUGCUCGGUUAUAUGGUGGUAUCAAUGUUCGUCCCAGUCAGACUAUCAUGCGCCGGUGGCCAUCGAAUUGGACUUACGAUGAUCUGUUACCGUACUACAAAAAAAUUGAAGACCAUUAUUGUUAUUAUUUUGAUGCAAACAGUACGGGAAUCUCUGACGAAGAUUGUAAGAAAUAUCAUGGCAAAAAUGGACCCCUUCAAGUGAAUCCAACUUACAUACCUGAAUUUGCCAAUGUCUCAAAAUUAUUCGAACCCCUAUGUCGAAACAGCUCACUACUAUGGGGAGGAUACAAUGCAGAUAUCAAUGGUGCUAAUCAUAUCGGAUGCGCACUUUUUCAACGUUACUUUAAUCGAAAAGGAAAUCGAACAGAUGUUCAAUCAGAUUACUUUCUCGGUACAUCCUUUCAAGGUUACAUAACAGUCGACGUCAUCAAACGAACCAAUUUGCGAGUUCGUGCUGCUACUACAGUUCUCAAAAUCUUAUUUGACACUUCUGUGCAAGGACCAGCAAAAGCUCGCGGUGUCAUUAUUCAGAAUAGCACGGGAAUAUAUACAAUAUCCGUUCGAAAAGAGGUGAUUGUGGCUGGUGGUGCAUUCAGUACUCCACAUCUACUGCAAGUAAGUGGCAUAGGUGAUCCAGCUAUUCUUCUGUCUGCUCAAAUUCCAUUUGUUGCUGCUAAUGAAUACGUUGGUCGUAAUCUACGUGAUCAUGUUGCUGUGCCAAUGGUUUUUCAAGUUAAAAACAACUUUUCUACCUAUCCCAUCUAUCCAAAUACCAAUAAUUCUUCUAUAGUCUACAAGAAAUCUAUUCCCAAUGGUAGUAAAUCAUGGAUAAUUGCAUUGAAUGCGGGUGUCCGUCCAAAUAAUAUAACAGAUCUUCAAAUUUAUUUCUCUGACACAAAUUAUCAUUCACCAGAUUUAUUUGGUAAUAGUGAACCUCGGCAAUGCCGUUUUGGUUCCAACGGCUAUCGAGAGUCUCCAGCAGAAAUCACACUAAGAAUGAUACUACAAGAUCCUACGUUUCUUGGAACAGUCACAGCUACUAGUGACAAUAUUUAUGACAAGCCACUGAUCGAUUUCAAAUGGGACAACAUUACAGAUUAUGAAUACGAAGUAUUCAAUAAAACAAUUGUAGCAAUACGAAAUCUAGUCAAUACAACUCAAUGGGGACUUCUUUUAGGUGGUGAAGUUUUCCCUGGACCUAAUACGGACAUCAAAACAUUCAUCGAUGGUCAUUUAGAAACAGCUUUACAUCCGAUUUCUACGUGUCAGAUGGGCUUGUGCUCCGAUACCAGACUUCGUGUUUUGAAUACGACCAAUGUGCGGGUGUGUGAUACAUCAGCAUUCGGGGGUCAAGUGGAUGGUAAUCCAUCAGCGACCAUCUUCGCGUUAGCCGAACGACUGAACGAUAUUUUACGACAGGAUUAUGGAUAUAAUGUUCAACAAAAAGACAUGGAAACGGUUAUUGAUGAUGGUGAAAGGGCUGUAUCCGAUGGUGACACAAUUUCUCCUGAAAUGUUACAACAUCUAAAAGACUAUUCAGAACAUUUCUCAUAUGCUGCUUAA